AAAAUAAGCAGAUCCUAGUGCUGGGCCUGGAUGGAGCAGGAAAAACCAGUGUCCUCUACUCUCUAGCCUCAAACAGAGUCCAGCACAGUGAGGCACCCACCCAAGGUUUCAAUGCAGUUUGUAUCGACAUCGAAGACAGUCAGAUGGAGUUCCUGGAGAUUGGUGGCAGUGAGCCUUUCCGUUCCUAUUGGGAAAUGUACCUGUCCAGAGGUUUGCUGCUGAUCUUUGUGGUGGACUCAGCAGAUCAUAACCGAUUACCUGAAGCAAAGAAAUACCUUCAUAAACUAAUUGGAGCAAACCCCAUUCUUCCUCUGGUUGUGUUUGCAAACAAACAGGAUCUUGAAACAGCCUAUCACAUUACAGAUAUCCAUGAAGCUCUGGCAUUAUCUGAUGUGGGAAAUGACAGGAAGAUGUUCUUGUUUGGAACCCACCUGACUCAGAAUGGCUCAGAGAUACCCUCCACCAUGCAAGAUGCCAAAGACUUGAUCGCACAGCUGGCUGCAGAGGUGCAGUGACCAGGAACAGACCUACUGUGCGGC